UAUAAUCUAUUUAAGAGUACAAAAAUUGUUUCUUAUUAUCAUUAUGUGUUUCAGUCUAUUCCAGCAGAUAUGCAGUUUUGUCCAAACUUCAAUCCUCCCUGCUACAAGUCUAAAGAUGAGGAUGUUGUUAUACAAGAAGAUGAUGACAUAAGAUUGAAGAUUGUUGGUACAAGAGUUGAUGCUUCGGGAAUUUUCGCCAUAGGAACAUUAAUGGACGAUUACUUAGGUUUGGUUUGCAACAACUGAAUGGGACAGAAACACUUAGUUUUAUUUUGAUUGAAAAGAAAUUAUAAUUUAUUUUUAUUAAACAUUUUGUAAAAUAAACCAAUUUGUUGAAA